UCCGACUCCCCGGCGUCCUUAAUCAAAAAAAAAAAAGACUCCCCGGCGUCCCCGCUCCUCUCGGCUCCCGAAGACAUGGCGAUGGGGGCUAGGGUUUCCUAGUGCCGCCCCAUCCAUGGCCUCCUCCGCUCAGCUCUCCGCUCCACCCUGCCGGUAGAUCGAGUCUUCUAGUGCGUCAGCGCAUUUGGAUCUCUAGGCGUGCGCGAGGAGACAAGGGGCCUGGGCAGCGGCGAGCAGAUUGACACCCUCCUCCCCAUCGGCGACCUCCCUCUUUGUCGAGCAUCAGCGAAUAGGGGCCGUCCCCUUCCGCAGCUUCACUCCCCACCAGGGAUUCGACACCGUCUGCGCCUCCUUCCUGUUCUGGUGUCAGCGUCACUGCAACAGCAAGAUCGGUGCCCCGACGUCCCCAUCGACGACCUCCCUCAACCGCACGGUCUCAGCUUCGUUUCCACAACGCUUGGCCUGAGAAUGCAAGACCCUAACAGCGACGAUUUCUCUGCCACAAAGCUGCACAAGAAGAAGGUUGUAUACCGGCUGCUUCCAUCUGGCAUGCUGAAGGGUGAACCUGAACUGCUGCGUAGAGAGGGUCCGCAUUCAUCAGGCAUGGUCCAUAAGCCACCCAAAAGAAGCUUGAAGAGUGAGUGCCCUGCCACACCUCCAUCUGACAGAGGGACUCCUGAUUCCCUGCUGGACUCCGGUCCUACUGAUGAAUACCGUGCUUUGCGGAGGAAAUACAUGAUGCUGGAGGAAGAGAACUUUGCCCUGGACCAAGAACUGAGCAUGGAAGAUGAGGAAAUCAAGGCACUUGAGGAGGAAAAGCUUGCGUUUCUUGAUGAGCUCGUUGUAUUGGAAGGCCUUGUUGAGCCGUCGCAGCUGCAGUCUCACCGUAGGCCAUGAGUGUAGUAUUUUGGUUUCUGUGAUCGUUGUCGUUCAGUGCAAUUCAGUAACCGGUACCUGUUAAUACUUUCUGGAUGUGGAAAUUGUAUUUGAAACAGCAUAAACCUGUUAUGAAUCGAAACCCCUUAGAUGAAUGCUUGCAGGGUCAGCGACUUGUGUUUUGUGUAACAUGAUAUUACAAUAGGAUGAAAAUUUGGUUGCAAGGGUAA